CUCUUAGUUUUCAAGGUAUUGGCGUACAGAUGUACGGACGUACAGACAGUCACGUGACAACCAAAAUUUUUUAGAUCGAUGGAUUACCAAAUUUUCUAAGGUAUGGGGCUCUGCUUGUGCACCUUUGGCACGCAGGAGCUCCGCUAAUAAACCACUAAUUAAAAGAAUCGUGUUUGACAUUUAGAAAAUCAGCUUCUAUGGACAAGUAACUGGUUCUUAUUCUCUAGUGGUGGUUUUACGUCAAAAUUGUUGCUUAACUCCCCAUGAAAUAUAACACACACCUUCCAAUAUUGGUCAUACUGUAAAUGACCUAAUUGUCACGGGCAUCUGUUAAAUAGAUGCUUCAAUGCAAUUUGGGGGCAUGUUUUUAGAUAGAGAUGUUAUUAACUUUUAAAACAUUGAACUGAAACUGUAACAAAAAUAUGGAAAUGUGAUAACAGGAAUUAAAGUGCUCCAUUAAGGCAGGUUUUCACAAGGGUACAUGUAUAAGCCUAAGCAGAUGCAAUGGUAAGAUCUUGGUGAUUACUGUACAUGUAGUGCCUUUUGUCAGGCAAAUUUCCAAACUAAAGACUGUCUGCGUAUGUCGCUUAUGCUAAUUGCCCAUAAUCUGCUGAAUGAAAACCAGCAUAACCUAGCACAGAGCACUGUGUAUGCAACUGCUCCAAUCCUACAGGCCUAACAAGGUUUGCCCUGCCUAAAACACUGCCCUCGGGAGGCAAUUGAAUGUAGUUCAAAUGUAGUGGUACAUUACUGGUUACUAGUAAGACAAAUGACACUUAGGUGUUGGCCUGGUACAUGCCCUUUCCACUGUAGAGCUGUCAAGAGCAAUAGCUGGUUUCUUGCUGCUUUGGAGAUGAAUUCCCUCUCAGUUAAAGUAGUACACAGAUAAAGCACACCACAGAGCACUCUGACAUAUAAUGGAGCAGGAAGUGAUUUGCAAACCUUUUUACGUGUUAUUUUAUGUGAUUAAGGGGCUUCUCCUUAACUACCAAUUGCUCAAUGACAUGAAUUUGUUGCUAAGGAAGGUUUGUAACCGUCAUGUUUUGAAUUAAACCAGACCUCCUAAGGAUAAGCUUUUUGCACAGGUUUGUUUCAAAUCACAGCCGUAUUUGACCAGUCAUGUGAUCAGAAUAGAAAAAACCCUAAAACUUAAAGGGCAUCUAAUCCGAAAAUUUAAAUCAGUACCAAUAGAUUAAGAAAGUCCAUGUGCUUAAUGAUACAUAUGUGUUUUAUGAAUCUCACAUUUUUGUAAAAGUUAUGAGGUAAUAAACCCCCAUAUUAUUUUUAUUAUUAUUAUAAGUAAUAUUACUUAUACUAUCAGAAAAUGUACUCCAAGUGUUGUAACAUAGACGUGUUUGUUAUAGAGGUAGAACAAAAGCUGAUCAUUGAAAGUCAUCUGAAGAGAAAGAUUUUUGCAUGAGAUGCCUCUGACUUUAAUGCAUUCUAUACAUAUCUUAUGUUAUAUAGUGACUAUGUAAGUAAGAUAGUGCUUGACUUGUAAUUUUAUUUUAAGUAUGUUCAUUGUAAUUUUAUGUUGUUGUAACUAAUAAAAAUAUCUUUUUGUUUCUGCAAAAAAAAGAAAAAACACCUGUAUUAACAGACUUUCUAUAGUAGCUUUCUUCUUUUAAGUGUAAACAGUAAUUCCAUAUGACAUGUAUGAUUAUAAAGAAGGCCAAGUCAUUUCUGAUUCAUAAGAAAAAUUGGAACUCUCCCUCUUUUCUUCCAAGUUUAAGAGAUUUAAACUUCCAAUGUGCAGUUUGAGACUUGCACUAUUUAUGCACACUUUUUUUCAGAGCAAAUGUCCCCUCAUACAGAAUUCACCACUUAGCACUGCAAAACACUCCAAAAUAGCUUAAUUUCCUCUAAGUAUUGUGCUCAGCAAUCCCUUAGCAACUGCUAUAAAUCUGUAGUUACAGUAAGAAGGACCCCCUUUAAGUUAAUAGUACAUGUUCAUCUUGAAAUAGCUGUUUGACUACCAAAUUUGUAUAUCUUAUUCAGAUGCUCAUUACAUUGCUGAUUAUUUAAAACUCAAUUAAAGAAUUUAUUGUAAUUUAAUCGUUAGUUACCGGUAAUUGAAUUUCUUUCAAUGGUGGUCUAUUUCAGAGAAAGCAACCCAGGAAAAAAGUUGCACGUGAAUAUGUCCCAGCUUACAGAUCAGGGCCAUAUGCACUGAUGUUGACACUGUACCAGCAAAGUCAGGUCUGGUGGGAUUCCAACUUCACUCAAAGACAUUUGGGAUGUUCAUCAGUGUUUGCAUGGGUUAUGUCACAUACAAGUCAUUCAAAAAUAAACAAUUAAAACAGUAAAUCGUACCUUCGUGAACAUUGUAAGGAACAUAGUCUGUUCACUGGGUAUCUGCCAACAGUGUGCACAUUCUAAGUUUGCUCCUGAUUCAAUGUUUUUUCUUUGUAGAGGAUCAACUAUCGAGGAUACAUGACAAGAGCUGAGCUGCAAAAGGAAGCACAGCCACUUUGUGAUGUAUCAUUCACAAUGCCUGACCCAGGAAGUCAUUACACAGCUUGGUCGUCUAUGUCAACUCUGACCAGGAAAGGCUUUAUUAUCAAGACAAACAAUCCAGCCAGAUAUUCCAUAACAGAUGAGGGCCGUAAAUUAGCUGAGAAGCUGGAGACUGUAACAGGAGACAGUUUGUCACCAGGCUCAACAGGCACUGCUGCACCCAUCCCCAGUGGCUCAGUUAAAUCUCCAUCACAUGCCUCAAUUGAUUUAACAUCUGAUAGGAACUUGGACAGUAAUUAUUUAUCUGCUGCAGAUGUAUCCAGGGAUUUUAAACCUUGUUUCGAAAAAGUCUCAAGUAGCCAUGACAGAUUUACAAGAAUAACAGAAAGAGAAAAGGAAUGUAAACCUGCAAGAAUUCUAGAAGAUGAUUUGAGCUUCACUCCUGAUUUUGUCCUCAGACCAGGUAUGUCUCUAUGAGGAGACGACAAUGGGUAUAAUUGACUGAUUGACACUGGAAGGUCCACUGCAAGGUUUUUAACCAAUAAAAAUCGUACGAUUUUUCAAUUUUUUCCUGCAGCUUUACAAUAGACUUUUGGUACUUUUUUUUGGACCCACCUUUGAUGCUUUGUAUGAAACCAUCCCUUUUUGAACACCUGCUCUCGAGGACGUCAAAUGUUUCUACAAUCUUAGCACAAAAACACUAAAACACCUGUGGAAACCAUCAAAAUUGAAAAAUGCAGUCAGACCUCUGGGUACAGAUACCUCUGAUACGGAUACCUGCCCACUAACAAUUUCUAAACUCCA